CGGUGCACUCCACAUAUCCAGAUUCAUCAACUAACUUGGACGGUAACAGGAUGUUUAUUAAUCACUUUCAUCAGAAACCCAACCAAUAUCAUCUCUUUGGUCAACAAAUCAUCAUAGGUGGGGAGGAGGGAAAAGAAAUGCAAAAGAGGACGCUUUAAGUAAAGCCAAGUAGAUAAAGAGAAAGAAGAUGAGGAAGCUAAAGUCACUCCUAAAAGAAACAACAGUGGAAAGUACACCGCAACCUCCAUCUCCUCCUCUUCUUUGCUUCCCUUGCCCUCUAAGCCCUCUUUCCUUAGACUCCUCAUCUGUGCACCUACUCAUCUCUCAUUUCUCUUGCAAAGCAUGCCUAUGUUGAUAGCAUGUGAAUUAUGGAAACACCAUACAUAAGCUGUUCCAGAUUUUAGUGGCCAUAAAAUUUUGGACAUGGGAUCUGUGGGGAGGCCAAGUUCCUGGGCACCAUAUGAUACUUACAGGGAUUGUUCACAAGGAAUUUGCAGCAUAUAUUGUCCUCAAUGGUGCUACAUAAUCUUCCCUCCUCCUCCUCCUCUUGGAAAUGAUGAUGGCUCAGGCACCACAUUCUCCCCUCUAAUUAUAGCAAUCCUCGGUAUAUUGGCGAGCGCCUUCCUUCUAGUGAGCUACUAUACCAUUGUCACCAGAUAUUGCAGAAGAAGAAGAUCAAGAAAUUCAAACAUUGAGUUUGAAGCUCACCAUGAUGAAGUGACUCAUGACCAAUGGCAGGUUGCUACAACUGGUUUAGACGAGGCACUUAUCAAGUCUAUAACAGUUUUCAGGUAUAAGAAAGGCGAUGGAUUGGUGGAAGGGACGGAAUGUGCAGUGUGUUUAAAUGAGUUUCAGGAAGAUGAAAGCCUCAGAUUGUUGCCAAAAUGUUGUCAUGCUUUUCACCUUCCUUGUAUUGAUGCAUGGUUGAAAUCUCACUCCAAUUGUCCUCUUUGCCGUGCCAACGUAAAUCCUGCUAUUCCAACCCUGCCUCCUCCGGCUCCUCCAAGUUCUCAAACUUCCUUGACCACCCUCAACAUAUCUUCCCUCGAAAUCCAGAGACAAAAUGAUCUGAUAUUCGUGGUAGAGGAUCAUCAAGAAAGGAGUACUCAUCAAGAAGAAGUUUCUAUUAGCCUCGUUUCAGAUGUUCUUUUUAAGGAUGCUCUCCAAUUUGACAAUGAGUCGGAAAAUGUUGACUCCAGAAACUGCAUAAUUGGUGACCGAGAAGAUGCAAGACAAUUCAGAAGAUCGAUGUCCUUAGGUACAUUUUCUCGUCGGCGCAAUCUUCCGGUUGCUGAUAGCCUGAGAACCAAUGAACAUGAUCGAGAAGACUCAGACGGUGGGAUCGGAAUUGGUUCUUCAAAAGGGAUGCAGGAGGGACAAAGCAAGCAAAAAGAUAGAAGCAAAGACUGCGAUUUAGCAGCAAGAGUUCCUGCUGUAAUGAAGAGAUCUUUUUCCACAGGAAGAUUCAAUUUUACAAGGCAAGAUAAAGGCAAGAAUCAUAUCAUUCCCAGCUAAAACUGCUAGCUCUUGUGAAUACUAAUUUCUUUAAUCUACAGUUCCAAAGAUUGUUCAAAUUCACCAAAAUAUGAAAAUUAACAAGUUGUUAAUUCUCUUUGAUAAACUAAGCUACAUUAUACAUCAUAAAUGUCUGUUUUCCCAAAUAGUUUAUAUGCUUUUGUCAAAUUAUCUUUCAAUGAUGAAGAAAUCUCACUCCUUGAUAACACAACAGUUUCUUGAUACACUGGAAGAGGUUGGCCAGCUUCUACUAAGACAGUUUUGAAACCAAACAACAAUAAUCUAUUGCACAAGUGAACUGCACCAAUCCAUUCCAAAGCUAUGGAAUAUUGUAUUUGUUUGGUAAACUACUUCUUGAUUUGUCUAUUU